UCAGGACGGAGACCGGGCUGCCUCGCCUUGCCGGCCGGCCGGUGUUGGAUGGAGGGUCCCGUCCGCCUCGCCUGUUCUCUCUGGAAUGUACUGGGGAGCGGCUGCCGAGUGGGAGCGAGGGCUCUAUGGGCGCAAGCAGCGCCGCUGCUGAGGGGCUCCUCAGUGACUCAUAUUAGUCAGACUUUCCCAUCAACCUUACUAACCUGGCACUAUGCAUCCUGAUCCUGGACCUUUACAAGAACUGCUUUUUCUUACAGUUUUCUUCUCGACUACAACUUCAGACUUGAUUCCUCACUUUGUUUCUGAGCCCCUUUCUACAAUCCAGAAGCCUGGUGCAACUGUAAAACUUCACUGUUCUGUUGAGCCAUCCACAGCUCAAGUUUCUUGGCUAUUCAAUGGAGAGAAAUUGCACAAGAAAGUGGAGCAAGUAGACCCACAGCCGGGAUCCCUGACAAUCUUCUCUCUUAGUCCUUCAAAUUCUGGUAUCUACCAGUGCAUUUCUAAUAACAGCAUUGGUGCAAUUAUCAGCAGGCCAGCAACAGUAGCUAUAGCCUAUCUUGAUGAUUUUGAGACUUCAUGGAGAAACACAAUUACAGUGCAAGAAGGGAAUACUGCUUUGAUCGGUUGCAAGCUACCAAAAAGUAAACCAGAGGCACAGGUUCGUUUCCGUGUACGGGGAAAAUGGCUGGAACAAUCAGCAGCAAACUACCUAAUUCUUCCAUCUGGAAAUCUACAAAUUUUGAAUGUAUCUUCAAAUGACAAGGGAUUCUAUAAGUGUGCAGCAUAUAACCCUGUCACUGAAGACCUCAAAUCUGAACCUACUGGACAUAAGCUUGUAAUCAGCAGCUCUUCCUUAGAGGAUUUUCAAAUCAUCCACCCCACCAGUUCUCAGGCUUUGGAAGUACCCCGGCACCGUCCCCUGAUGUUGGAGUGUGUUGUUAGUGGACUGUCUGUUUCUUAUGUCCGUUGGCAUAAAGAUGGCAAAGAUGCACUCGCUAGAGGAAGGUGGCAAAUGCUUCACUCCCAUCUUAUAAUUGACUCAGUUGAUACAUCAGAUGCUGGAAAUUACUCCUGCGUGGUGGAAAACAAGUCUGGAGUUGUGAAACAUGUAAAUUACAGUGUAAAUGUACUUGAAUCUGCUUCGAUUUCAAAAGGAUUGCAGGAUCAGUUAGUGUCUCUGGGUAAAAAUGUGCAUCUUUCCUGUGAAAUACAUGGAAACCCGAUACCCAAUCUCACCUGGUACCACAAUGCAGCUCCUGUCUAUCUUUCUUCACGGCACUUACUUUCAGGAACCAAAUUGAGAAUUAGUAGUGUCACUAGAGAAGAUACAGGGCUGUAUCAGUGUCUAGUAAACAAUGGUAUUGGAUUUGUGCAGUCCACUGGAAGGCUUCAUUCACAAGCAGACAGAGUUUCCAAGCCAAUUAUAACUUCACUGCCACCAAGCACCAAAGUCACAGAAGGUGACACAGUGACAUUAUCCUGCAAUGCCUCGGGACUGCCUGCUCCUGCAAUCCGUUGGUACAACAGCCAUGGACUGAUUACCAGCCAUCCUUCACAGGUACUUCAUUCGAAAUCACGCAAGUCAUCCUCCCAAACAAGAACGGGCAAUUCCAUUUCUGACAGAGCCUACUUCAUCAUGUCUCGCAGUGGAUCAAGCUCCCUGUAUGUCCAACCUGUCACAUCAGAGCAUGCUGGAAAAUACACCUGUGAAGCAAUAAAUGAAUAUGGGCAUGCUCGUUCAGAGACUUUCCUUACAGUUGUUUCUUACGAGGCUAGUACAAAAGCAGAAGAAAUUGCUCCUGUGGAAGUUGCCCAGAGUGAUGAAGGAGAUGGAGAUUAUGAUUCAGAAAUGGGCCUUCAAAGAACAUCUCCAACAGAGAGUCCUGCUGAUGAAGUUACUACAGAAAAAACAUCUAAUGGCGUUUCCCCACCAGAAGCUCCAAUCAUUCUCAGCCCCCCACAGACGCAUAAACCGGAUCAGUACAACCUUGUUUGGCGGCCUGGAAAGGAUGGGGGCCAGCCAAUUAAUGCCUAUUUUGUGAAAUACCGCAAGCUGGAUGAUAACAUCAAUGUUACCAGUUGGAAUACAGUUCGUGUCCCUGGAAGUGAAAAUGAACUUUGUCUCUCAGAACUGGAACCUUCCAGUCUCUAUGAAGUCUUGAUGGUAGCCAGAAAUGUGGCUGGUGAAGGCCAGCCUUCCAUGCUUACGUUCCGCACCAGCAAAGAAAGAUCAACCUCCUCAAAAAACACACAGGCUCCCUCUCAACCAAUUGGCAUUCCUAAGCACUCUGUCAUUCAAGAAGGAGCAACCAACAAUUUUGGCGUGGUCCUUCCGGAGUCAUCUCGACAUAGUGGAGUUCCUGAGGCACCAGAUCGACCUACUAUCUCUACAGCAUCGGAGACUUCUGUUUAUGUCACUUGGAUCCCACGUGCAAAUGGUGGAUCACCUAUCACUGCUUUUAAAGUAGAAUAUAAACGCGUAGCCAGGAACAGUGAGUGGCUGGUUGCAGCUGAUAAUAUCUCCCCUUCUAAACUUUCAGUGGAAGUUCGCAGUUUGGAUCCAGGAGCUACAUACAAGUUUCGUGUGUUUGCUAUUAAUAAUUAUGGAGAGAGCCGACGAAGUUCUGCCUCUUGGCCUUACCCGGUAGCUGGCUUUCCCAACCGAUUUUCCAACCGUCCCAUCACAGGGCCUCACAUUGCUUACACGGAGGCAGUCAGCGACACUCAGAUUAUGUUAAAAUGGACUUAUAUUACUUCAAGUAACAACAACACACCCAUCCAAGGAUUUUAUAUCUAUUACCGCCCAACAGAUAGUGAUAAUGAUAGUGACUACAAGAGAGACAUUGUGGGAGGCUCAAAGCAAUGGCACUUGAUAAGCCAUCUCCAACCUGAAACAUCAUAUGAUAUUAAGAUGCAGUGCUAUAAUGAAGGAGGUGAAAGUGAUUACAGCAAUGUAAUGAUCUGUGAGACCAAAGUGAAACGCUCACCUGGAGCAUCAGAAUAUCCAGUGAAGGAUCUUAGUACACCACCUAAUUUGCCUGACCGUGGAGUUGGGAGCAAUGCUGGCCAACCAAACAGUCCUGUCCGGAGUAGUGACAUGUUAUACCUGAUCGUGGGUUGUGUCCUUGGAGUGAUGGUCCUUAUUCUGAUAGUCUUCAUUGCUAUGUGCUUAUGGAAGAACCGCCAGCAAAAUGCCAUGCAAAAGUAUGACCCUCCCAGUUACCACUACCAAGGUGCUGAUAUCAAUGGGCAAAUGGUUGAAUACACAACGCUACCAGGCACAAGUCGCAUCAAUGGCAACAUACACGGAAACUUUAUCAGUAAUGGAAACCAUAAUAAUGGUUGCCUUCACCUCCAUCACAAGGUUCCUAAUGGAAUUAAUGGGAUCAUGAAUGGCGUUGUAAAUGGAGGAACUGGUGUUUAUUCGGGCCACACUAACUCCCUGUCCAGAGCGCACAUGGAAUAUGAACACAACCACCACCUAGGAAAUGGCGGUGAAGUAUACACAACGAUGUCUCAGACCGACCCUUCAGAGUGUGCCAACUGCCGGAACUGUCGGAACAAUAACAGGUGUUUCACUAAAACCAGUGGCACUUUUGGCAGCAACACUGUUCCUGUGAUGCCCAUCAUAGCACCUUAUCAGCAGGACAGUUUAGAAAUGAAACCAUUGAAUCAUAUGAUGGUCGCUAUGUGCUUAGCAUCCUCAGUCGCUGGACGCAACAUUGAGACAGAGGAAGACAGCAAGGAGAAAGUGGAGCCCCCUUCUCCUCAGGACUCCUGUUGUCAAGAAAAUGUGAAUCCGCUCAAUACAGAUUGUAUAGAAGAAAGCAAUGCACAUUCGGAAACAUCCAAUUGCAUGUUGAGCUGGAGCCCCCUCAUUCUUCAGCCUCUUCCUAAAGACUGUAGCGAAAAGACAGAAAGGAUUUCAAAUGGCGUUUCAUUGGACAGUUUGGGGAGCCUUCGACAGCUCCAAAUACAAGAGACUUAAAGAAGGCUCUUCCCUCCCUACCCCACUUAAAGCCAGUAACUGCACAGCAGCGUCGCUGAAAGGGACUGACAACAGGAUGUUAAUUAUAAGAAUUGCUAUUUAUUUUUUGUUGUAGUGUCCUAUGAAUGUAUGUUUUUAAAGCCUUUUUCAUAUUAUUUAUGCCUUGUGAAAUUCCUCCCACCCCUCCCAGGGUGAAAUCAUUGUGACUAUCUGAGGGGUAUGUACUAAUUUUGGGGGGACAUAUUAGAGUGUCCUCCAGUUGUCAUUGGAAAAAUACAGUUGCAGUAUAGUGUAAAAAAUAAUAAUUAGGAAACCCACUGAUUGGAGUAGUUCAGGCCCAAGUUGAUCUGUGGUUUAUAAUUUACAGUUCAGGAGCAUAAUCCAACAGGAUGGUCCCAUGCAAAUGGAAGCAGAACAAUUCCAUGUUAACUAUUACAACGUAUUAGUGAAGUAUUCACCACCUAAUUCUAAAAAACUUAAUAUGAAACCUUUGAGUUUGCAAUGGAAGCAUAUCAAUCUGAAUUCGUUCACUCUGAAUACCAAAUGGUUCUCAGUCAGUUCUAGGUGAAUAAUGCCAGGCCUGCAGUAAAGCUUAAGUCAGUGUAGGAAGGGUAUGGCUUGAUGGCUUUUUAGCAAAUAAAAUGGUAUAUAGAUGAUAAUAAUAAAUAUAAAUAUUGAAUUCUUGCCUUGCUAGUUCCAGAUAGCAAGAGGCACAAAAUAGAGAACAUAAUAUUACUGCAGCAAGAAUUAUUGGCAGAAGCAUAUGUAGCCUUUACUGCUGGGUGGGUGGAAGAGUUGAGCGUGGGUAUUUUAUACCAGCACCUUUGUUGCCAUUCUAAAUGUGUGUGUUUUCCUUCUGUGUUCCUUUAAUAUGCCCUGUACAUACAGUACAUGCUUCACACUCUUUGGAUUGGGUUAGCUUGUCUAAUAACGUUGUAGGGUGCUGUGCAAAAAAACAAGAGGGGUGGGGAGAACAAUUGUAUGCAUCUAUGAUAUAGGAAAGCAGCCAGAGUUGUGCUAGAUUGGAAAUGGGUCCUCCUCCCUAAAGAAAACAAGGUGUCUAUUUCUGGGGAUUGUUUUAUAGGUAAAUAGGUUCAUAGAUGCAAUAAACUUUUUAAAAAAUAAAGAAGCAGAGCUGAUGGCGAAGUGAUGGAAGAAAAUGACCAAAAUGAAAGAAGUUCAGAAUAUUUGUCCAAAUUAAUCUAAAAGGAGUUAGUACUUUUUAACUUUCUCAUUAUUUUGUCACUAAUCACCAAAAGAUCCGCACUCAACAGAGACAAGUUUGAGGAAUGAGUUAGAUUGCACCAACUGUUCCUGUGAAACAGGUGGUACAAAACAUCCUAUAAACAAAUCAAAGGCUUCCAUACUCGUCUUCACUAGAAAGUGGUCAAGAAAAGAGUUCUUACUUUGGCUGCUUUGUAAAUACACUGGAGCAUGGCACAAUCAAGUGUAGAUUAAGGCCUCUGAUGAAAUGUGUUCUCACUACAUUCUGUUCAUUUGAUUUAGAUAUAAGCUUCAAACUUGAGUUCUUUGCCUUGGGCCUUCCAAAGAUUACUGUGAUUAUACUGUAUUUUAAUACCUUGGAAGGUGGGGAUUAAAGUAGGGCAGCCAGGAGAGAGGAGUUGCAGAAAGUGUAACGUCCACGCUUCAUGUCUUUGGAGAAUGGAAUAUCUGCUGCAACCUGCACUAUUAAAAGUGUGGUGUCAAACUUGCCACUCCCUUGUACAAUAGCUGUAUAUGUGGCUUUAAGAAAUCUGCCUGUGCUGCUCCGAACAAAGCUGAAGGUGCAAAUGUGUGUGCCACAAAGCUAGCUGCAUAUUUUCCCUCCUCUCCUAGUUUUAACCAGCGUUAUAAAACCUACAAACAGAAAA